AUGAGUGAAGAAAACGUUGGUAGCUCCGCCGUAGACGACAGACCUGCACGGCAACCUGAUACUGACAUCGCCACCAACGUGGACGAGAAUGCUUCGGAUUCAAAUAGUGUCAAGUCGGCUGCACUAGUUGAUUUACAUGCCUGCGGUAUUUGUUAUCAGCUUUACAACGAUUCCGAACGUCUACCGAAAGUGUUGUCUUGUGGUCACACAAACUGCCUCACUUGUUUGAAUAGUUGGCAGAAGCAUGGCUCGUCACCUUUUCCAAUUUGUGCGGUUUGCCGCAAAGUUACUCGAAGACCGAUCAAUUCACUGCCUAAUAACUUCCAACUUUUGCAAGUUUUGCGAAGGAUGAAGUUAAUAUCUACUGACUCGGGGUCACAAACUGCGGAACAACAACAGCAGUCAACAGCUCAAGUGGAAGAGAUGGCACCCGGAAUCACUGCCGUCUGUGAACAAAUAGAUGAGUUCGAUCGUUUGCUUCGCACAGUGGAAAAUGCUUCGGCAGAUCUUCUUUCUCGUUGGGAUAUGACAAAACGUCAUCUGUUACACACCAAGAAAGUGAAAUCUCGAACAAGCUCGUCUUUGCCUCCAUUUUUCAGUGGCUAUUCCGGGCUCACAGACCUCUUUGGUAUAGGGAGGCGUUACGACGAAAUACGAACGGAUCCUGCUAGUGAUGACCCGUUUGAAAGAAUUCACGAUUUCCUCGGCUUGGACUCAGACACGCCUCCAAACGCCUACUCCGACUUUUCACUGUUUGGAAGUGAAACCAGCCAUGAAACGGCCGUUAGUGCCAGCGAGGAGUCGUCACAAGAGAAUGAAAAUUUCCCCACCUUCGUUGAGCCUAGAGAGCAACCAGCUUUCUUACACAUUUCAACAUUUGAUGGCACGUUUGGCUCUUAUUCGUACUGCAGACUUUGUCAUUGUCGGCUGCCAACAACUCACGACAGUCAUCGGGUUCAUGUGUUAGGAAGACGUCACCAAUAUGCACUGCAACAAUCCAAGUACUCCGGCUUCCGAAGCGAAGAGACGUCUCUGAUGCUGCUUACGACAGAAGUCGUUCGGCUAAUCAGAACAGUCGUCCUCCGUUUGGCAGAAGGCGAUUCUACAGGAAUGGAAGAAACGCUACACGAGAGAACACAAGUGCACAAGCUCACAAUGCCGAUCACACUGCCACCGAUACGGCGGCUUCGUCAACGAGAACCAAUGCUAAUGCUGCUCCGGAACUGGGAAGCAGUUAUCGUUCCCUGCCGUGGAAUCGCGGUCGGACACCUGAGAGAGCUAAUGGUGAAACUAGCCGUGACAGACGCUGGAAUACUCGAUUCGCUUCUUCCUUUGUUCGGUGCAGCUCCUGCGCAUAGGGGCAACUAUUCCGCUCGUCGCAAUAACCGAGCCGUACUGACUGGUCGUACCCCUCUAGCAACGCCACAUGGCGGGUAUCACAUGCCCUUUCUUGUGCUCAACGAGCCCAACAUUGGUUUUCUUUCUGGUACUGGUUUCUUCUCUAUUAAUAAUGGCCUUUAG